GAUCCGGGGAGACCGGAUAUAGUGAAUGCAGGAUCCCGCGGAGAGCGGAUAUAGUGAAUGCAGGGUCCAGGGAGAAUGGAUAUAAUGAAUGCAGGGUCCAGGGAGACCGGAUAUAGUGAAUGCAGGGUCCAGGGAGACUGGAUAUAGUGAAUGCAGGGGUCCGGGGAGAGCGGAUAUAGUGAAUGCAGGGUCCGGGGAGACCGGAUAUAGUGAAUGCUGGGUUCCGGGGAGAGCGGAUAUAGUGAAUGCGGGGUCCGGGGAGAGCGGAUAUAGUGAAUGCAGGGUCCGAGGAGAG